UAAAAACGGGUCCAAAUUUAGUUUAUUAAUUAAUCCGUCACUCUCAAAGAAGAAGUCUUGAGCAGAAAGGCAGUGCCGAUAAUACUUCAUGGCUCGCAUCAGUGGCAUCACAUUUCGAGCUUCCGCCAUAGGAGUACGAGUCCACAUCGAGCUAUCCCGUAAACAGAGAAGAGUAACCUCGUCCCCUUCCUUCUUCAUCUCGCGACGUUUCUUCAUGUGUGGGAUCUCCUAUCAAGAGUGAAGCUCCUGCUCAUUUUAGUUUUCUUGCUCCGGUGCUCCCUCCCAUCAAAAACGAAGAGAAUAAGAACUCACAAUGUCACGAAGAUAUGAUAGCCGGACCACGAUCUUCUCCCCAGAAGGCCGUCUAUACCAGGUCGAAUAUGCAAUGGAGGCAAUUGGAAAUGCUGGAAGUGCCAUAGGCAUACUGUCCAAAGACGGAGUUGUUUUGGUCGGCGAAAAAAAGGUCACUUCCAAACUUCUCCAGACCUCGACUUCCACAGAGAAGAUGUACAAGAUCGAUGACCACCUGGCCUGUGCCGUUGCUGGAAUAAUGUCCGAUGCCAACAUCCUCAUCAACACAGCCAGGGUCCAGGCCCAACGUUACACUUUCUCUUACCAAGAACCCAUGCCUGUCGAACAGCUGGUCCAGUCGCUCUGCGAUACCAAACAGGGUUACACGCAGUUUGGUGGACUCCGUCCGUUCGGGGUUUCCUUUUUGUUUGCGGGCUGGGAUAAGAACUACGGCUUUCAAUUGUAUAUGAGUGACCCGAGUGGGAACUAUGGGGGCUGGAAGGCGGCUGCGAUUGGGGCGAACAACCAGGCAGCACAGUCAAUGUUGAAGCAGGACUAUAAGGAUGAGAUCACGAGGGAGGAGGCUGUUCAGCUUGCUCUUAAGGUGCUUAGCAAGACGAUGGAUAGCACUAGUCUUACCUCUGAGAAGCUUGAGCUGGCUGAGGUGUUCCUUUGUAAAGGUAAGGUUAAGUACCUUGUUCACUCACCGGAGUCUCUCGAUAAGUUGCUGGUGAAGCUUGGCUUGACCCAACCCACUCCGGAGACCUAAUUAACGCGCUUCAUGCUUGCUGGAUAAGACUUCUUGAAUCAGUCUGCUCUUUAUUUUUAUUUCCAGACUAAACUUGUGUGUUUUUUAGAAGUAACUUCAUAACUGCUGUUCGUUACUUCGUUUACCAUUGGCCUCUUGCCUCAUCAUAUGUGGGAUUGUUGAUUCAAUCAGUAUUGCUGCUUCAUUUAAAUAUUUAAUCAGACGGUUGCUCUGUAAUAUGUUUUAGAACGAUCACAUAUAUCUAAUAAUUCUGCAGGUGCUGCUUA